UUUUUAUUAUAAGUUUUAUUUAAUCUGUGAAAUGGGUUUUUUCCUAUGUCUUGUUUUGCUGGUUUCCUGUCUAAUAUUUUGUGUAAAAGGACCUGACAAUUUUAUAACAAACACAAUGUGUACUCCUGUGUGUGUGUGUGUGUGUGUGGGAGGGGGAAUCUCCUCCUCCGACCCACCCUUCACAUUCGCACUGAGCAUGUAGUGAAAACCAGGCAGCGAAGCAGCGCAGCAUCCCAGUCAUUCAGUCGGUCUACUCGGCACCGCCACUCCUCCGCUGCUGCUUGGAAUACUCAGCCUGUUCUGCUUUCUUUGGAAAAGGGUCGCUUUUACUUUCUCGGCAAGGAAAGGUGCUGUCUAACGCGCAGCCGGACUUUUUCUUCCCGAUGUGGAGUUUAAAAUGCUGGAGUAGAGAAAGUAGCCGCGGUGGGGACCCGCUGUUCGCUAAGUGGUCGCGCGGCUCCCAGCGGUCGCUCGCGCUCAUAGCGCGGCAGCAGUGGUGAUAGCUGGCGGAGAGGCUGAACAACUUGUAGGGUGUGAGGAUGGUCCAGAACGUAAUUCUGGUGUUCUUCCGCAGGCGACUGAGCCAGAGACCGGCUGUGGAGGAACUGGAGAGUCGGAACAUUUUAAAACAGAGAAAUGACCAGAUUGAGCAGGAAGAGAGGAGGGAAAUAAAGCAGCGGCUCAACAGAAAGCUCAACCAGAGGCCAACCGUGGAUGAGCUGCGGGACAGGAAGAUCCUGAUCCGUUUCAGCGACUAUGUGGAAGUGGCCAAAGCUCAGGACUACGACAGACGCGCAGACAAGCCAUGGACCAGACUAUCAGCUGCUGACAAGGCGGCGAUCAGGAAGGAGUUGAACGAGUUCAAAAGCAACGAGAUGGAAGUUCAUUCCUCUAGCAAGCAUCUGACGAGGUUCCACCGGCCAUAGCAAGGUUUCUUCUGUGAAGAGUUGCUUAAAUCUGGUUCUGUCAGAGAAGACCUUGCAUCAGUGGCUGUCCUGAUAUUUGGGUUCAGCAAACCUUGGAGGCUAUGUCUCUAAUAGGGAGUCUGCUGGUAGGAGAGGCGGCAUGCAGCACGCUCCACCUGCGCUCAGGGGAAGCCCUCCUCCUUCACCGCCCGGUCAGAGGAGCAGAAAGGACAAAGAUCUGCCCUGCAGCUCCAGCAGACCAGCAGGGACUUCUUUUUGUAAACAGACUAUUUUCAAAGACUUUGUUUUUGAGGCCACUAGUGGCAGGGAGCGGAAGGGGAGAUGGUGCAUGUGAUGAAGUCAACCAGUCCCACUCCAGUAACGUUAGUCACAUCCCUGAGCCGUGUGUGAGUCUCAACGAUUCAAUCGAUCAGUUUCAUAUCAAGACUGUAAAAUGUUCUUAAUGAGACCUUGUUGGUGUACAAGACAGAAAUCCCUUUGUAAGCACUAUUUAUUGUCUGCACAAUACAAGUUUUCUAUUGGUAACAA